AAUCUCGGUGAUCUCUCCACCGCCGCCGUCGCUGCCUCGCCGUCACAGCUGGUCCGGUCUGACACGGCGCGCGCGGCGGCACGUCGGCAACGUGGACGCGUAUUCACGUUGCGAAACACGGCCGCAGCUUCGGUCUUCCGCCUUCCGAAUAUAUUACGUGCGAUUACAGUGGAGCUCGCGGUCGCGUAAAGCCCGCUUCUCACGCCGCGCGUCAGACCACCGUGCCUGGGCUGUGCACACGUGCGACCUCGUCUCGCGCUCCCUUACCCCCGCGGCACAUAACCUAGAAAUAAGCGCGUGGCUCGGGCCACGCUCGGGCACAGCGUGUCCCGAAUGCGUUCCUCGCGUUUCACCGUGAAAACCACCGUGCACCGUGCAUCGAGAGCCGGCGUAAUUUUUUUCAGUGUAUCGUUUGUACUGCAGAUAACGCGUGGUAACGAGUGUCGAGCAUUUUGGCUGAGUAUUUUGUGCCAUGGAAACUGGAUAUUUGAGAUUUGCAGAAGAGGAUUUCUUCCCCGACGAACUUUUUGCUGCGGCGCGAGAUAACGAGCUUCAAACAUUAUCAACUGAAGAUGUAUCAACGAAUGUAAUAGAUGUGGAACAUAUGGAUUAUAAUUUAGAAGAAACUAUCCCCCCGAGCUUUUUUACUUCUAUUUUCAAUGAUGCAAAUUCCUCCACAGACAUGUUAACUACAGUUGACAAUACAUUACCCUUUGAGGAAAUUUUAAACAAAGACUCAUAUGUUACACAAUGGCCAAAUCAGGUUGAAACCUGGCCGCAAGUUGCAACUUGGGCACAGUCAUUAUGGGACUGUAGAAAAGAACCCGAGAACCUAAGUAUAUCUAAUAUGAAUUUACUCCAAGAAUCAACAAGUCCAAUUCCUCAGAUGAAAGUAAAGGAAGAAGAACAGAAAGAUGUCAAUAUUAAGAAAGAAUCUACAUUUGGUUUAAUCCAUGAUACAGAACAAGUUGAUAUAAAGAUAAAAGCUAAACAAGAAAUAGAAGUAAAAAAAGUUGAUAUAAAGAUAAAAGCUAAACAAGAAAUAGAAGUAAAAAAAGUUGAUCGUAAAAUUACUCCACCUUUAUUACCUCAAAAGACAUCUAAAUUUAUAAAGAAAGAUGCAAAUACCAAAAAUAAAAAUCAAAAUGGAAAAGAAAAAAGAAAGAAGAAGGAAAACGUUUUUAUAAAUUCAAUACUCAAAUUGGAAGAGCCAGAAGAUCAUAUAGAUGUUGAAACUGUAUUAUCAGAUAAUCUGCCAGCGCUAGAAGCAGUUGAUCUAAAUAGUCUAUUGGAACAAUUUGAGGCUACUGAAAAUUCAAAUCUACAAAAUCAACCGGCUAUUAAAAAUGAUCGUACGCGUAAUAUGGAAACAAACAAAAUAAGUCUUGUAACCAAGGAGUAUUCUAGAAUGACUGGUGUACCAGUAAAAUCUGUUUCGCAAGCUUCUAGUCACCAGAAAGAUGUACAGACAGCAUUAUCUAAAGAUGUCAUCGAUAGGAUAAAGGCAUCGGGACGUAAAAAGAGUAUUCCGAUAAUACCCCCUAUGCCAAAUAUACAAGAUGGGAAUCGUAGUAACAAUGCACGAACGAAUUCGACUACGCUUUCCCGUAAUAAGACUUUAAAAACAAAUCUUAAUGACAAGACGAUAAACAAUAUUAAGGAUAAGACAUUUACUAAUACUUUAAAACAUGAUCACGAUUAUUGCAGUAGCUACUCCAAGUGCAGUAAUAAUAAAUUAACGAAACAAAUGUCUAUAUUAAAAUCAAAUAAAAAAAGGAUCUUGGACAAAACCAAAGAAUGUAACAAUGAGAUUAAUUCAAAGAAACAAUACAAUCUGGAAUCUAACAUACAUUCCACUCGUGUAAAAUCAUCAUCGAUUCAUCCAGAAACAAAUAUAAAUAAAAAUUCUGUUGAAAAUGAUAUCAGAAACCAUCCAAAGGAGGAGAUUCCUUUGAAGCAGUCUCACGAUUCAAAUGAUUCAUUGGGAUCUGUUAAAAAUGUUCCGGACAAUACCUCUCUUUCGGACAAGACUUGUCCCGUGUAUCAAAUGAACAUUCGUUCAGCUUUGGCUAAAAGUAUUUUACAAUCGCGUAAAAAGCUGAAUGAUACAACACUUGCACAAACAAUUCCUAAAAAGCAGCAGAUGGUAUCUGUGUUGAAAAAUCCACCAAAUGCAUCGCAAUCACCGUUCACAAGAAAUAAUUCUAACGAAAAUAUAGUGACCACUACAAAUAGCUUAAAUAAUGAAGUACAAAAUAUAAUUAUACAAAAUAUUCAAGACAUACAGCCGCCUGAAGAAGUAAAAAAUCCACCUCGCAAGAAAUUAAAUCUAGCAGAAUAUCGCAGUAGGAAGAAUCAAAACUGUACUGACAGUAGUAAAACAGCUUCUCCCACAGUAUUAGUAUACUAUCAUCAUGCUUUCACUACAACAGAACCAAUCAAAGAUAAGACCGGAAAUUUAAUUUGGAGUGAAAGAAACUUUUUUUUAGUCUUAAAAAAUAAAUCCGAUAUAAAAGAAGAACAAAACAAGGCGAAACCAGAUACUUGCAAUGUAGCAGUACAAACGAAUGAAAAUGUUUUUGAACUUGAUAAAAAAUUAUCAGUAGAUGUUAUAAAGAAGAAUGAAGAAAGUAGAGAGGAAAGUACAAAGGAUGGCAAACAAAAAUCCUGCGAAAGAUACAGUCGAUCCCGAUCGAAAAGCAGAAGUAAAAACAAGAGCAGAAGCAGAAGCAAAAAUAGGAGUAGAAGCAAAAGCAGGAGUAGAAACAGAAGCAGGAGUACAAGUACAAGCAGGAGUAGAAGUAGAUGCAGAAGUAGAGACAGAAGAAGAAAUAGAAGCAAAAACAGAAGUCGAAGCAACAGGAUUAGAAGCAGACACAUGAACAGAAAUAGAAGUUCUACUUCGAAUAGUAGCAGCAGAAGUAGAAACAGAACUAGGAGUAGAAGUAGAAGUAGAUCUCGACGUAACAACACCCGCGAACGGACAAUAAGUCGACGCUCCGUCAGCUCAAGCAGUUGGUCAUCUGAUUUACGCACAUCCACAUCAAGAUAUACGUCUUCACGUUCCAGAUCUCGAUCCCGAAUUCGAUCUCGAUCUCCACUUCAAUCUCGAUUUAGAAAUCGAUCUCGAUCUCGAUCUAAAUCUUACUCGCGAUAUUAUUCCAGAUCAAGUUCUUCCUCUCGUUCAAAUUUCGGAAGGAAUAAAUGGAAAACAAAAUAUUCAAGGAAUAGUAAUGACUACAAAAGAGAUUUUCAUAGACAUAGCAGAUAUCCUAAUGAAGAUCAUGGCUAUCAAAAUUAUAGGUCACCACUGUAUACUUAUCACAGACCUUAUAAUGGAUAUAACGAAGACAAGCAGAGACAAGUGGAAGAACGAAGGGUGGUAUAUGUGGGACAGAUAGCCGAAGGAAUUACCAAAGCCGAUUUGCGAAGAAGAUUUGAGGUCUUCGGACCGGUUGUAGAUAUUAGUAUACAUUUUCGCGAACGCGGGUAUGUAUCUUUAAUAAUCUUUACUGUCCGUUUUAUUUAUUUAGUUCUUUUUUUAAUUACAUUAUGA